UUUAAUAUGUUUGCUGAUGUCCUGAGUGCUGCUGAUAUAAAGAAGAUAGCGAAUGGUGGGUUGUGUUUCGACUUGGAUGAGCUAUCUGAGACGAGAGUGUUACGUUGGGAGGAUAUUGUGAAGAGGUCGAGGAGCGGGUCGGUGACGGAUAUUGACACAGGUUGUGAACAGAUAGUGAAGAACACUCGUGAGUCACAAGCAAGUCUGAAUGAAACAGAGGUUGAGCUUAAGAGUGUGAAGAAGGAACUUGAAAGUCUUACUGGAGAGUUUGAAAGUCUGACUGGACAGUUGAACAGGACCGAGUACAAACUUGAGACUGAAACUAGUCGUUUUAAUGCGUCACAAGCCGAACUAGCCACCAUCAGAAGUCAACUGGGAGCUGAAACUGGCCGUUUUAAUGCGUCACAAGCCAAACUAGCCACCAUCAGAAGUCAACUGGGAGCUGAAACUGGCCGUUUUAAUGCGUCACAAGCCGAACUAGCCACCAUCAGAAGUCAACUUGGAGCUGAAACUGGCCGUUUUAAUGCGUCACAAGCCAAACUAGCCACAGUCAAAAGUCAACUUGGAGCAGAAACUACAGAGCAUAACCGGACACUGGAGGAGUUGGAAACCUGCGCUGCUAACAUGACAAAGAUAAAGUCCCUGCUGGAAGGAGCUAGAAAGUACGAAGACAUCACCCGUUGGGACGUGUUAUUUACCGCUCCGUACCACAAUGUGGUGUUCUCUGAUGAUCUGUAUGAGCAGCUCACUACAAGCUGGGGCUUGCUACGUAAAUUUGUUGGCACGAACAUCACAGACGGGAUCAUCAGUCAUUUUAGGCACUAUCACGACGAAAAUGAAUGCGAGGUUUACAAACUUUCCUCCAAAAUGCUGAAACAGUUCGUUGGGGUAGAAUUGACAGACGACAUGAUAGAUCAUUUCCGAAUUAGCCACGAAGAAUCACCAUGUGAAAACAACACAGAGAGUUAACAUACUCAAAAAUGAUACUUGAAUGUUGACCAAAGGCUGAUCAUAUUAUGUAGACCUCUAUUUUAUGGACUUCCUUUUACUCUUUUACACCUUGCCUGAUUUUAGAGGCCUGAUGAAUAAAUUGUUCUUGUUUAAGAUUUAAACUUUAAAAGGACCAGACCACGGUUUAGCUUAGUUCAGAUCACUGCUCGAUUACUUUUUUAUUUAAAUUUAAUCUUCCACUUCUUUCCAUGCCUUAGUUCAGAUUAUUAAAGCCUGAAUAGGUUGUGUCGUGACCUUUACGUAUGUUUUUGCAUAUUUUAAGCAGUAUUCCUCCAAUAUUUUUGAA